AUGUUUGUUGAAACAUUUACUGACUAUGACGAUAUAGAACUUUGUUACAGGGUCUCUUUCUUCGAAGAGAAUCAUCGCAACCGUGGGGAUUCCUGGUCCCUACGACAAACAGGAGUCUAUCAGAGAUUCUCCGGUUCCCCUGGUCAGUCGGCAGGGAUCAUUUUACAACCGUCUCAAAGGAUUCGGCCAUGGAUAGAGGAGUAUCUGAGAAGUGCGAAAUUCCGGUCUGACUACCCGAUGAUGCUGCACGUCUUAAUGUUGGCUGCUCUGGCGGCAACAUGGACAAGCUAUGUGCAGCACCUCUCAACUCAACUCAGAGAACUGGACGAGAAAGUUAGCUUUUCUAGUGAGCCAAAAUGUCGUCGAUACGACUAUGAAGUUUGCUUUGCGGACUGUCAGACGCUUCAUCUCUUCCGGUCCAAACUUUUGCGAGCGUCACUGGUCAUAGAUGACAACCUGCAAUUAGCAAGCAACUUUGCGAGUCUUACUAGCGAGUGUGGGUCUGGGAUGACCGACACACAGGAGAGAGAACUCAGCAACAACAUCCGCGCUUACACGAGCGAAAUGGCAAUCCACAAGCGCAACAUCGCUUUCCUCUUGGACGAGUCGACAAACACCGCAUCAUUACUUUCGAAACUUCUCGAAGCACGGAUGUCGACAUCGCUCCGUGUCAUCAACCAAACAAUGGAGUCCAAUCUCUCCCUGAUCCGGAACACCUCUACCAACACUUUGCAGGAAAACUUAACGAUAGCAACUAUUGCAAAACAAGGCACCAAAGGCUCUCGAAAAAUCCAUGCACUCACACUCAUCGCCACUUUGUACCUCCCUGCCACACUAGUUGCAACAGUGUUUAGUUCGAAUUUGAUCCAGUGGAAGGACGAGGGCGAUGAUCCUACCACGGGCAGCCAUUUUAAAGCGCAUUAUACCGUCGUCUCGGAAUUUUGGAUAUACGUCGUGAGUACUCUAGUGCUAAUGGUUACGACGCUCGUGAUAGCAAGAGUCCUUGAGAGGGUGGACUGA